AUGACAACAGUAACAUUUGAAUGUUGCCUCCAACCUUGGUUGGCACUAAAAUGUUAUGAAGUCAAUGAGGGGAGAGACCCAAACCAUUGUUUUCUUGCUUUACCAGGCGUCUUGGUGACACUCUUAAUUAACUAUUUACGAAAUUGUAACCAAGAAAUUCAGAUUGACAAACCGUUGAAUGUUGGUACAAAAAAGGUAGAGAGAUCUAUGUUGUUCAAGGAAGAGACUGAUUGUACACUAAUUUCUUCAGAGAAGUUUGCAAAACUAUAUUUUGAAAAUCAUUUGACUGAGGUAUCAACCCCAAUACUGGAUGCCAUAGUUAACGGGUGUAUAAUCAAGUUAGUUCCAACUCACUGGUACAAGGAAUCCAGCACAAUUACCCAUAGAAGUAUUCUGCUCUCAACCGAAGUCGAGCAAAUUCUCAAAACAAAAUUUGCUGUCACUUCUUUAUUUGCUACGACUCAGAAAAUGUUGAUUCCAAAUUCACCAGCUAGCAAGCUUUUCGAGGAAAUGCGCAGAAGAAAGGCUACUUCUGAAGUCGUUGUAAUUGACGAUUCAACGCAAUUGCAAUUCAACUUUUACUCGAUACCAACCCAAGUCGAAAACUGGUACGUUUCAUCCUAUCUAAAUUUAGAUCUUACUGUGGAUGAUAUGACGCAACAAUUUGAAGAGGCAUCUUUUAUUGGAAUCACUGAAGCAGAGCUUGGACGGAAUCUCUUGAUUGAAAAGGAGCCUAGUUUAAAAGCUUUUGACGAGGUGAAUAAUAUGGUUGAUGAAAUAAUGACAGCGACCAACCUAGCUUUCAAGGUUUUAAGGCUCCCGCACGAGGAUUUAUUAUACAGCUGGGAAGAUAUAAUUUUGGGUGCAAAAUUCAAGCAGUCAAUUUUGAACUGCUGCAAAACCAUAUUGAAGUCGGCAACACUUCACCUUAAAAUGGGCAACUUUCUAAUCUUGGAAGGGAUGCCUGGUACGGGUAAAACAUCACUCGCUAAAGCUCUCUUUCAAAAACUUGCUAUUGUAAAACAGAGAAUUGGUACGUAUGUUCCAGCCGUGAUUUUAGAAUUCUCCACUGGUGAGAUCUUUUCAAAGUAUUUCGGCGAGUCUCCCAAAAAGCUUCUGUCACUACUUUCAUCGAUUGAGCAAUUACUACUUCGUCAUCCUCUGUCUUUUGUGUUUCUAUUGUUGGACGAGUUGGAGACUAUUGCCACAAGUAGGGAAAAGUUGGUCGGCAACAACGAGGUUUCUGACGGAUUGAGAAUCGUCAACAUUUUUAUCACAUACUUGGACCGCUUGAAGGUAUUUCCGAACUUGAUAGUCAUUGCAACAACAAAUAUGAUUAGCAGUAUGGAUGCAGCAGUGGUGGAUAGGGCUGUCAGGGUCUUUGAAUUUGGAAGUCCUAGUGUCAUCGAAAUAGAAAACGUUUUGACAAUGAGCCUCGAAAGACUCAAACUCGACAAAGGAGACUUAAGUAAGCUCGAUAUAGCAUCACUGUUGCAACUAAUUGCCAAAUUUUGUCAUCAAAAUGAAUUGAGUUGUCGACGUGUCAGUAAAAUGCCCAGCAUAGCAGUCGGAAACUUGCUUGAGAACCACAACAACAUUAGCUCUGUUUCUAUUCGUAACGCAGUCGUUGAAAUUGCAAAGCUUUGUAUGGACCAAACUGAUUAG